GGAGGCGACAGGGGACCUCCAAGGGCUCGGGAGCGGCGACGGGCGAGCCAUGGCGCUGGGGCUGCCGCGCGCAAGGUCAAGCACGGAGCUGCGCAAGGAAAAGUCCCGGGACGCGGCCCGCAGCCGGCGCAGCCAGGAGACCGAGGUGCUGUACCAGCUGGCGCACACGCUGCCCUUCGCUCGUGGCGUCAGCGCCCACCUGGACAAGGCCUCCAUCAUGCGCCUCACCAUCAGCUACUUGCGCAUGCACCGCCUCUGCGCCGCAGGGGAGUGGAACCAGGUGGGAGCAGGGGGAGAACCACUGGAUGCCUGCUACCUGAAGGCCCUGGAGGGCUUCGUCAUGGUGCUCACCGCCGAGGGAGACAUGGCUUACCUGUCGGAGAAUGUCAGCAAACACCUGGGCCUCAGUCAGCUGGAGCUCAUCGGACACAGUAUCUUUGAUUUCAUUCAUCCCUGUGACCAAGAGGAGCUUCAGGAUGCCCUGACCCCCCAACAGAGCCUGUCCAAGAAGAAACCAGAGGCCCCCACUGGACGGUGCUUCUCCUUGCGCAUGAAGAGCACCCUCACCAGCCGCGGACGCACCCUCAACCUCAAGGCGGCCACCUGGAAGGUGCUGCACUGCUCUGGACAUAUGAAGGCCUAUAAGCCCCCCGCAAAGACUUCCCCAGCUGGGAGCCCCAACUUGGAACCCCCUUUUCAAUGCCUGGUGCUCAUCUGUGAAGCCAUCCCCCACCCAGGCAGCCUGGAGCCCCCACUGGGCCGGGGGGCCUUUCUCAGCCGCCACAGCCUGGAUAUGAAGUUCACUUACUGCGAUGAGAGGAUCGCAGAGGUUGCCGGCUACAGCCCUGAUGACCUAAUUGGCUGCUCCGCCUAUGAGUACAUCCAUGCUCUGGACUCGGAUGCAGUCAGCAGGAGCAUCCACACCUUGCUGAGCAAGGGCCAGGCAGUAACAGGGCAGUAUCGCUUCCUAGCCCGGAGUGGUGGCUACCUGUGGACCCAGACCCAGGCUACAGUGGUGUCAGGAGGCCGGGGCCCCCAGCCGGAGAGUAUCGUCUGCGUCCACUUCCUGAUCAGCCGGGUGGAAGAGACCGGAGUGGUGCUGUCCCUGGAGCAAACGGAGCGACACUCUCGCAGACCCAUUCAGCCUUCUCAGAAGGACUCUCCUAAUCCUGGGGACAACCUUGAUGCCCCUGGGCCCCGGAUUCUUGCCUUCCUGCACCCCCCCGCCCUGAGCGAGGCCGCCCUGGCUGCAGACCCCCGCCGUUUCUGUAGCCCUGACCUCCGUCACCUUCUAGCGCCCAUCCUGGAUGGGGCUCCAGCAGCCACCACCCCCAGCACACUGCCAGCUGCACGGUGCCCCCAAAGUCCCCUUCCGGAUGUCGAUGCUCUGGAUUUGGAGAUGCUUGCCCCCUACAUCUCCAUGGAUGAUGACUUCCAGCUCAACUCCGGCGAGCAGCUACCCAGGGUCUACCACAGACCUCCAAGGGCUGUCCCCCGGCCCCGCGCCCGGAGCUUCCAUGGCCUAUCACCCCCACCCCCUGAACCCUUCCUGCUGCCCCGCUGGGGGAGCGACCCCAGGCUGAGCUGCUCCAGCCCUUCCAGAGGAGACCCUUCAGCAUCCUCCUCAGUGGCUGGGUCUCGGAAGAGGGCCCUGGCCCAGAGCUCAGAGGACGAGGCAGAGGGGGUAGAACUGCUGGGAGUGAGACCCCCCAAACGAUCCGCCAGCCCAGAGCCUGAAAGCUUCCUGCUGUUUCCCCUCAGCCUGAGUUUCCUUCUGACAGGAGGACCAACCCCAGGGAGCCAGCAGGAUCCCAGCACCCACCUCCUGGACCUGAAUGAGCCCCUGGGCCUGGGCCCCUCGCUGCUCUCUCUCUACCAGGAUGAGGACACCACCCAGCCUGGGAGCCACUUUGAGCCAGCAACAGGCUUGGCACAGGCCAACUGAGCCAGCCCGUCUUCCCACCUCCCUUCUCCUCCCCCCAGAAGGACCUCAUCCACACUCCAAGCCGGCAGCCGACGCACAGGAUGGGGGCGCCAGGAGAGGGGCUCCCUUUCUCCUCUCAGUGCCUCCUGCCCGCCCUGGGCCUACCUCAGCACUUACCACUCUGAACCCCCUAAUCCGGGGGCUCUUUAGGGUGGUCUCAGCUCAGUGACCUCUGGGGGGUGGUCCCUGGCCCCCUCCUCCUCAUCUCAGGACUUCCCUUGGGGUUCUCAGUACUUGGUUACCUCAUUGUCCCUCUCUCUGCUCUCUUGGCUUUAUUUUGUGGAAUUAAGGGUGGGGAGGGUUGGGGGUGAGAUCUGUGUUUCUGGGCUCUGGGGAGUAUGGAUAACCCUAGUCACACUUCUUUCUAUCCCUCUUUUAUUUUUAUUUUUGUUGUUUUUAUGAUAUGUUUUUAAAUCACUAUGAAUUGCCCAGGGUCCAUAAGAAUGUGGGAGUCUGAUCUCCCCUCCUUAGUUGUCAAUGGGGGGAGGCCCUGGGCCAGACCCCCCCCCACCCCCGUGACUUCUGAUUAAGGCUUCAGCCUCCCGAGCUGUCACCCAGCUCCUUCCACUGCCUACCGCUUCCACUCUGGACUUCUUGCCGCUCCCAGCCUGAACACUGACUUCAUUCGGGUCUUCCUACUUCACGGGUAGCCUCCAACUUCCUCUGCUUCCAGACCGUACAACCUCCAACCGUCUAUCAUUCCAGACUGCAAAUCCU